AAAACUCAGUUGCUUGAGAUUGUAAGUGUUCAGAAGUGCAUGGGAUGUCAAAUACCCCAGGUUCCUUCAGGUUUCAGCACUUCUCUCCACCAUGAUCAACACUUACCAGACCAGCAUUGCUCCACCGCCGGUGCCUCCACGCCUCAGCAGGUCCCAAUCAAUCCUCAUCCCGGCUUCUCUUCCAUCGCAUGGCCACAGCAAGUCUCUAGUCAGGUUUCUGGUUGGUGUGGUGUUGCUGCACUUAUUCCUUUCAGUCGGAGGAUUCAUCUACCUGAAGCAAAAUGACACAAUGCGUUCAUUCGUGCCUCCAUCAGGUGAAGGAAAAUUUGCCUUUCGCUCAUCAGGAAAGCAGGAGACAUCAAACAGAGCCUUGGCAAGCAUGGAAGUCGAGCAGCAAAAAGAUCAGAAAUUUGGAUCGGGUUAUCUCGAGUGGAACAUAAACCGCUCAGUCUUAAAGAGUGUCAGUUACUACCACAAAAUCUGGUUGACCAUCGAGCAGCCCGGUGAUUACUACGUCUACUCCAGGGUGACCUUCUCCAAGGGAGACUCCAAGCUGCCGCUUUUCAGCAUGGUGAAGCUGAGGAAGACUGAGAAACUUGAGGAAAAGACAUUGAUGCAGGCGUAUUGCAACAGUGUGCCCAAUUCAGUUCAGCUGUGCACGGCCACGCAGGGAGAUGUGAUCACACUGGAGAAAGGGAACCAGCUCAGUGUGUGGUUACAAGAGCUUUCACUGGUGAGCUACAUCGAGGGGGCCACAACCUUUGGGAUUUUCAGACUGUAAAACCCCUGGACCUAAGUGGAUGUACUUGGAUUUAAAUCUACUGAGAACUCUGUUAAAUAGACUGGAUCAAUUAUCAAACCAAUGGAUUCUGAUGUUCGUAGAGAAAUGACCACAUUUCUAAAAUAUAAUUUAUUAAAUCAGACAUAAUUGUGUUUAUUUUCUAUGGCAAUGAUGUGGAAGAUUGUUCUGUAUUUAUUAUUGUAAAUUAAGUUUGUAUGGCUGUGAAAUGAAACUUUGAUAUUUAAUCUUAAAGAUGCCUUCUCUUCAUUUUCAGUAGUGUGUUAGCUGUUAUGUAGAGAAAAUACACACAGUAGACCAAAAGACAAAAAGUCUGUGUCCCUGUAUGGAACAUUCAAGAAACUGCAAAAUAUUCAAAUAGAUGUAAAGGAAAGAUAUGCAGUAAAAAAUGUAGUUUUAGUCCUAAAACAAUCGGAAAAAACAACAGGUGAUAACACAUUUGAAUUACCCAGAUGUACCUAGUAUAACUCAUCAAAGACUAUCAAAUUCUUCUGAAAUAUAUACAAUGGUCCUUCACGGGCUUCUCAGAAAUCAACCUUUUUUUUAAAUCUAGCUCAGUUUGUGUACUGCCAUGGUUUUGCUAUAAGAGACCACAGUGGAAAGAUGCAUUUUCUCACGAACCUAAGCCACAAGAAACAAGAGCAGUCAGGUUGUUUACCAAUCGAGAGUUGAUUAUUAGACUCAGGACUGACAUUCAUUUUUCAUGCGUAUUAUUUAUGUAAAGAAACCCAAUAUAUUGUUGUUACAGUGGUACACGCCAGUGAUGUUCUCUAUGGAAACAAAAUGCUGUAUCCACAUGAAAACUACUCUAAGGACAACACCCUAAUUAAAAUCAUAUAGAUGUAAUUGUACCACUUACAAUUU